UAUGCGUUAAACAUUGCAAGGAUGGACGAAGAACUGCAAUUUGAGCCGACUAAAAUCGAACACUAUGGGCAUUUCUACUCGAACGGCUUCAUUCGGAGCGUGCCCGACUCGUGCCUCUUGUCGAGUAUUUUCCCGCAGGUGGCCAAGGAGAUAAGCGACUUUGAGGUUCACCCAAAUGACACCUGGGUCAUCACAUUUCCUAAAUGCGGCACCACUUGGACGCAAGAAAUGGUUUGGCUGUUGCAGAACAAUUUAGAUUUCGACAGAGCGAAGGAGAUUUCACUCUCGGAUCGGUUCCCGUUUUUAGAGGCAACAUCAAUGGCGCCAGAUUUCUCCAAAUUUUUGAGCGGACAGGAAGUGGCAGUGAACGCUUCAAUCGAGAAUAUUAAAAAUUCACCCCAGCCGAGGUUCAUCAAAACGCAUUUGCACAAAAGAUUCUUGCCGAAGCAGCUGUGGACCGUGAAGCCAAAGAUAUUUUACGUUGUGAGAGAAGUGAAAGACGUAAUCGUCUCUUAUUAUCACCACAAACGAUUUUUCUACGGAUACACAGCCGACCUUGAGACUUUCGCCCGAUCUUUCAUGAAGGACGAAAUUAUAUUCUGUCCAUUCUGGAGCCACGUGACGGACUUCUGGAAAAUUAAAGACGAGCCAAAUAUUCUGUUCCUCUCCUAUGAAGAAAUGCUGCAAGAUUUAGCUGCGGUUGUGCGGAAGGUGGCUGCCUUUUUGGACAAAUCCCUGACGGCCGAGCAAGUGGACAAACUGUGCCACCACCUGAAUUUCAAGCAGAUGAAAAGCAAUAAAAGCGUGAAUUUCGAGGGCGUUGGAGAAGUCUUGAGGACCAAAAAUAUCUCCAGUGACGAUAACUGCAGAUUUUUCAGGGAAGGAAAGUCAGGAUCAGGCAAGGAGCAAAUGUCUGAGGAACUCGUCAAGGAAGUUGACGAGUGGUCCAGGAAGAAAUUGGAAUCUUCUGAUUUUAAAAUGUAUUUCUAAGAGUAUAAUUAUUAAAAUUUCAUUUUU